CUUCCGGCGAGUAUUGUGUGUCGCGCUGCGGGGCGGGGGCGGGGGGAGUAGGAAGGAGGGAGGCAGCGCUCCGGCGGCUCCGCGCCCCGCACUCCCGGACCUGAAGCCGGGAAGUUAAAUAAUGGCAGAGACAAGUCUGUUAGAUGCUGGGGCCUCUGCAGCCUCCACAGCUGCAGCGCUGGAGAACUUACAGGUGGAGGCAAGUUGCUCUGUGUGCCUGGAGUAUCUGAAGGAGCCUGUCAUCAUUGAGUGUGGGCACAACUUCUGCAAAGCUUGCAUCACCCGCUGGUGGGAGGACCUAGAGAGGGACUUCCCUUGUCCUGUCUGUCGAAAGACAUCCCGCUACCGCAGUCUCCGGCCUAAUCGACAACUAGGCAGUAUGGUGGAAAUUGCCAAGCAGCUCCAGGCUGUCAAGCGGAAGAUCCGAGAUGAAAGCCUCUGCCCACAGCACCACGAGGCCCUCAGCCUCUUUUGCUAUGAGGACCAGGAGGCUGUAUGUUUGAUAUGUGCAAUUUCCCAUACCCACCGGGCCCACACCGUCGUGCCACUGGAUGAUGCCACACAGGAGUACAAGGAAAAAUUGCAGAAGUGCCUGGAGCCCCUGGAGCAGAAGCUGCAGGAGAUCACCCGCUGCAAGUCCUCUGAGGAGAAAAAGCCUGGAGAGCUCAAGAGACUAGUGGAGUGUCGCCGGCAACAGAUCUUAAAGGAAUUUGAAGAGCUUCAUAGGCGGCUGGACGAAGAGCAGCAGAUGUUGCUCUCACGACUAGAGGAGGAGGAACAAGACAUUCUACAGCGCCUCCGAGAAAAUGCUGCUCACCUUGGAGACAAGCGCCGGGACCUGGCCCACUUGGCUGCUGAGGUGGAGGGCAAGUGCUUACAGUCGGGCUUCGAGAUGCUUAAGGAUGUCAAAAGUACCCUGGAAAAAUGUGAGAAGGUGAAGACCAUGGAGGUGACUUCAGUGUCUAUAGAGCUGGAAAAGAACUUCAGCAAUUUCCCCCGACAGUACUUUGCCCUAAGGAAAAUCCUUAAACAGCUAAUUGCGGAUGUGACCCUGGACCCAGAGACUGCUCACCCUAACCUAGUCCUGUCAGAAGAUCGUAAGAGCGUCAAGUUUGUGGAGACAAGACUCCGGGAUCUCCCUGAUACACCACGGCGGUUCACCUUCUACCCUUGUGUCCUGGCUACUGAGGGCUUCACCUCAGGCCGACACUACUGGGAGGUGGAGGCAUCCGGGCUGGUCGGAAGAAUGCUGCUCCACUUACCAUCAGGCCCCCAACAGAUUGGGAGUGACAGGUAGGGAUGUGGGAAUAAUUGGGGUGAGUCAGGGUCAAGAGCUAUGGGCCUUCCUUCCUGUGACCUGCUGGAACGUCUUCGUGUCUGCCUGGUUCCAGUCCUGCACUGUCUAGGAGAAGCACCUUGGUUUCUAGAAUGGUUUAUAUGGAGGAGUAGAUAGGACUGGUCUGGGAUGAGAGCACAGCUGUGUCUCCCUCCUGUCAGGGUGGGGAGCUAGUUCCCAGGGGUUGUCUCCCCUGAAGUCCAUCAGGUUUUUCUAUUGCACAUGGAUAGGUUGGGAAGGAAGGAGAGGCUUUUCCGGAAACAGAAAGUCUGUGGGAGGGUCUGACUUGCUCAAAACCAGAAGAGGAAACAGAAACCCCUGUACAUCCUUUUAGGGGGUUCUUUGACCCAGAAUGGUCUUAUUUCUUGAGGAAGAUCAGAGGGGUCUGUGUACCUCUAGACUAAAAUAAAGAUGAAUGAUAGUUGUUGUUAUGGGUCUAGAAGUUAAGGAGUUUUUUGUUUUUGGUUUUUUGUUUUGGUUUUUUUUUUUUUUUUUGAGGGCAGAGAUUGAGCAUCAAGAUUAGAAAGAAAGUCGGGAAAGGGGCUAAAGGAACAGAUUCCUAGUGACUAAUGAAGGGGAUAGGGGUUUCUUUGGUCUUCCAUUCCCAGAGUAAGUUGCCAUUAUGAGUAGGAUUGGCCCGAGGUAGGAAUGGGGGGAGGAGAGGGUGAGAAGAAAGGAGAGGAGAACUUGGGUCCCUGCCUCAGCCUUCAGCAAAGCUGGCUUAGUGCCUGCCUCCUUAGAGUUGGUUGUCUCCAAGAUGUCAGCCAGUCACUUUUCUCCUGCAGAGAUGAGGUACCAGAGACCCCCAAGACACGUCUACCCAUUCACUGCUUUCCCAAGGGAACCUGGAAAGGACAGUCAGGUAUUAGAGGAAAGAGGAAGGUUUUUCUAUCCAAAGCCCUGGCCUUAAAGAAUGUUACCAAGUAGCUGCUCCCAAGUUCUCAGCCUUGGUGCUUGGCUAAGGUGUCCAAGCCAAAAAGGGAGAAAGGAAAUGGAGUCUUCCUCACCCUGAGGACAGGGUAGAAGAGAGGGUGUGUAGAGGGAAGGGUCAGGCAGGCAACUUCCUUUAGCCUGUGUGCAUAUGGCCUGGAACUAGUGUUCACAGGAGCCAGUCUUUUGCUUAUUUGUUGCCAUCCUUCACCUUUUGCCAUUUCCCCUAUCAGAGAAUGUAAAUCAUUUUGACAUUAGGCCAAAAUAAACAACUUGUAGGGUACAUAUGUUGUCAAAAAAGGUUAAAGCGAUGCAUGUCAAACCAAACUAAAAUGAUUUGAAAUAUCUGCUAUUUGGGUGAUCAGGGGUUCACAGAAGAUUGGGACAAGAAACUGCAGUUUAUUGAGGGUAUUUCAAUUCCUCCUACCACCUCAACAGGACUUUGUCCAGACUCUCCUCUUACCUUUGUGCCUUGACUGUGGUUCUUUGUGGCAAGAUGCUUUGGUUGGUAAAACAUAAUAUGGAACAAAGGAUCCACUGAAGUGAUCUCUGUGUUGUGUGGUAAUUUGAUGAUGGCCUUUUGUUGAUGUGUAAGAAUCACUGGUGUUAAGAAUGCAUGAUCCUGGGGUUCGCCCUCAGUGAUUGAUCAAGGUCUGGGGUGGGCCUGGAUGUCUACAUUUUAAACAUACUCCUCAUUGGAAUUUAGGGAUCCUUGUGAAAUUAAUCCUGGAGGAGGUUUUGGCCAUUUCUUCUGAGCUAGAGGCCUGGUUUCCUGCCUGGCCUGACAGGGUUUGAGAAGGGAGAGAGGCCUUAUUCUCUCCUGACUUAAUGCUGCCCUCUCCCUGUCUCAAGGUUCAUUCACGUUCUGCCCCUCCAGCUCACAUCCCUCUACUUCUGACUUCAGGAACUGGUGGUCAUUAACUAUGAGACAGAAGUAAACACAAGAUGUCAAACAGAACAAACUGGGAGACAGAGGUCAGAGUAAGGAAUGUG